AUGCACUGGACUGGCGAUAUGGGAGUGAAGUGCUGCAAGGGACACGAACUCCCGAUGGCAAAGGGAACACUCGAAGCCCUUUCCGUUGAAGGAGAGCGAGGUGGCGAGGGAAGUGAUAGCACGUUUAGGGGGCAUAGGUCCAUCAACGGCGAUCUGAUUGAUCUGCUCUCUGCAAUGUACUUAGGAAAGACGACACGCACAAAUGAGAUACAACCAAUACUCACCUAUCGAUGGCCCUCAGCCGUUGAUGAUGUGUCUGCAGACAAAGCCGAGAUGGUCGUGAUGUCUGCGCCGCGCUCAGCAUCGUUUGAUACAGAUCGUGGAUGGGUAAAGAUGACAGGGCACGCCUUGGGAACUGAGGUCGUCGACCGCGUGCCGGAGCGCUUCUCCGGGAUUUGCCUCACAGAAAGUUCGUGGUAG